GUUAGUAUCCUAAAUUAGUUCGUCUUUUUUGCAUGAUCUAUUGUGUGCGUAUUGUUCAGUUUUAAAUAAUAAAUGUGUAUAUAAUUUCACGUUUUGGCAUUUUCAUUAACAUAGUGUUUGCGUAUUUGCCGCUCUAAGAACAACUACUCUCAUCAAAAUGAGUAUGCCGGAAUUGGGAAGCAAGAUCAGCCUAAUAUCAAAGGCAGAUAUUAGGUACGAGGGUAAACUGUUUACAGUCGACCCUCAAGAAUGUACCAUUGCCUUGUCUCACGUGCAAUCUUUUGGAACAGAAGACCGUCCAACAGAAUUCAAGGUUCCAGCUCAAAGUCAAAUAUAUAAUUAUAUACUCUUCCGUGGCUCUGAUAUAAAAUAUAUUAAAGUGAUAACUCCACAAAUACCUCUAAAUGAUCCCGCUAUUGUACAAUUGUCGGUCCCUCCAAAUACUAUGGGUGGAUUUAAUCCUAGUUAUCAACCAAUGGAUGAAUUAAGAUCAGUCAAUCAGGUUGGAAACUCUUAUAAUCCUAUGUCUGGUGUGAACUUAAAUGCUGGACCAUCUCAUAAGCAAGCAAAUGUUUUGGAUUUAAUAUCUGGUGGUUCUCGUUUAUCUACACCUGCUCAGCCAAAUACUUUUAAUGGUCAAAGAAACAGUCCCUCAUUUGAUCAAAACAUUCAAACUGGAAAUCAACCAAGUCCUGGAAAUGGAAGAGGAGGAACAAAUCAACGUAAUAGAUCUACAUCUUCGUCUGAUACCCGUAAACAAGUUAGGCAACAGGGACAAAACAAUCAAAGAAAUGAUCAACCGCAGCAUUAUCAAAGAAAUUACCAGCAGUAUCAAAGGAAUGAUUUUCAACAUCAAGAGAAUCAACAUUUUGUCAAUCGUCAAGGUGGAAAUCGCAAUAUGAAUGGUCGCAAUUGGAAUAAUCAACAAAAUCAACAGCAAAAAUCCCAACAACAACAAGUUAGAAGACAAAAUAAUGGUCGUUCAUUUUAUAAUAACAGGUCUACUGGUCUCCCAACUCCUAGCAAAGCACAGGGACCCAGAACAAAUUCAUUGAAAUUUGAUGAAGAUUAUGAUUUUGAUAAGGCAAAUAGUGAAUUCCAGGAGAUUAUUAAGAAACUAUCUAGAACCAAGAUAGAUGAUGGUUUUGAUGAUUCAACUAAUGAAGUAACUUUAGUUAAUGGAGGUGGUUUAGCAGUUAAUGGCGAUUCAACACUUCAUGCCAAUGAUGGAGAAUUAGUUGCCAUAAAAAAAAAUCAUCGUAUUGACAGUGGAAAUGAUACGAAUGCUGUAGAAAAUGAUAACGAAGGAGACGAUGAUCAAAAAGUAUUUUAUGAUAAAUCGAAAUCAUUCUUUGACACAAUUAGUUGCGAAGCAGUUGAGAGAAGCAAAGGACAUUCUCAAAGAACUGAUUGGCGUACAGAGCGUAAAUUAAAUUCUGAGACAUUUGGUGUAGCAAUGGCAAGACGUGGUCAAUACCAUCGUGGCCGUGGAGGUUAUUAUAACAAUAAUAACAGUAAUUACCGUUCUAACCCUAAUUCCUAUAAUAAUAGCAACUAUAAUAACAAUCGUCAAGGAGUAAAUUAUAACAACUACCGCCAACAACAACAAAAUAAUGGAUUUAUACGUAAUAACCCUGGUAAUCGUGGCUAUAACUAUCGAACAAGAUCAACCAACAACCAGGAUCAACGCCAACCAAAUGCAGUAUCUCCUCAACGAGUAGCAGUAGCUUGAAGAUCACCACUGUCCGUAUUUCAGUGUUGCUGUAAAUUAAACCUAUAAAAAAAAAAAAAUAAAAUAAAAUAAAAAAAAACAUUUUCCCAUAGAAAAUUUACUCUGUAUAUAGUUUACAUUUCAUCUCUUUAAAAUCCUGAGAUUUUAAUUGUUGCUGUGCAUAAAUUUGUGAUGAAAUCAAUUGGUGAUAUUUGGUAUGUUUUGUUAAAUGAUAUCCAGUUGAGCGGAAGUUUUUGGCCGCAUGCACAUUUAAAACUCCAGGCUUAAGUCAUCA